CGAGUCUGCAUCCUUGAACGAGAGCCUCUGCGCCGCAAUCCUGCAAAUCCGUCGGCGUCGACGGGCAUGGCGGAGGCGCAGUCUCCCCCCUCCGAUUCGCUUGCUCCGCCCCACCGCCGCCGCUCGCGCCGCCUCGUCUUCGACCGCCGCUACGGCUGGAUCUUCGACGAGUGGACGGACCCCGCCGACCAAGCCCUCUCCGGCGGCCGCGGAAUGUUCUGUGCGGUGACGAUGGCGGGGUCGCUGGUGAACGCCGCGGCUUCCUCGAUUAACUAUGUUUCAAGUUCAGUCAGCAGUAUUCUUGAAUCCUCCAACAGUUUCUGUCUGCCAGCAUAUGUGCCUAACCUGUCAUUUAACAAGAAGCAGCAAGCAUGGUUACGUGAACUUGAAAACUCUGGAGUUGUUGCUGAUCUAAAGAUAUUUGGAACAGACAGUCUUCAAGAAGAUGGCAAUGCAAAUGGGACAUGCUCUUUGUUAUUGUGUGAAGAUGUGGAAGUUCAUAAUCGAAAUUUCUGUAUUAUUUAGUUCCAUACAUCAUAAAUGGCAUUUUUCGAUCAAAACAUUAUUUUCUGUAACUAAACAUCUUUUGAUGAGUGGAUUUAUAUAUGACGGAGCCUCUGGAGAAUUAUUAAUUUCUGUAA